CCCCGCCGCCCGAUGGCUCCGGGCUCGCUCCCUGACCCGGUCCCGCCGGGGUCGCGUCCCACUGAGGGCUCCUUGCAGUACCCGCGCCCUCACGGACUCGGUUUCCACCGCUUCCAGGCACCCGGAGCCGGGGCUAGAAUUGCACUUCCGGAUGAAACACCUGUCGCCUAAAAUUAAAGCCCAAAAUACCCCCGCGCUCCCACAGUAACUCCUUGAAAAGGGGGACUCAGAUUCUGGAACGUGCGGCCGCUUAAUGCGAAUUUGGCAGAGUUUCACCAUCUGGGCAGCGCUAGAGAGAAGGGAGGCCUGAGGAAGAGCCUGGGCCACGCCCAGACGGGUUCUGGAGUCUGGGAAGUCCGAGAUCGAGGUGCUGGCCAGAAAGGUUUCGUUCUGGGGCCUCUUCUCUUCGCAUGGACCAGGUAUGUGGCCACCAUUUCACUGUGGGCUCAUAUGACCUCUUGGUGAACCAACAGGCAAGACAGCAAGUUCUCCGGUGACUCUCCUUGUAAGAACACCAGUUCCAUCUACCCUUAAGCCCUCACUUUACCCUACUUGCAAACACCCUCGCCUGGAGGAUUUAUCACACACCAGAAGCCUUUGUGUCGAGCUCUCCACGCCCUCUCAGUAGCACCUGCCUGAGGCUUCCCUGGCUGCCAGGGCUGGGAGCCCCGGGCAGCCCAACCUGUCUGCAGAACUUGUCCGGCCCUCCCCGGGAGGCCAGCAGCACUCUCAGAGGCAGGUCUUCCUCGUCAGCCUCUGAGUGACCACGAAAUGAAGGCACCCAGCUCUGCUCUGCACCUGCCUCUCUGCUUUGGGGGACUUUUGUCAGCUGACCAGGAUCUCCAAGCCAGGCUGGUUCUCUGCAUUCUUUGAAUGGCCGGUCUUCUUCUGUGGCCACAGUGCAUUUGAUUGGAAGGAGGAGUGAGUGAAGUUGCACAUAGAAGGACCUCCUACAACCUUGGAUUUAGGUUUGGUGGUGAGAGAGAGCUGUGUGGAAUCCAGCGGAGCUCCGCCAUGUCAUCAGCUUGAGGCCCUGCUGGGGAAGCAGUCGAGGUUCAAGCCACAGCAGAGCCCUGGCCUGCCCUCCUCCUGAGGUCCAGGGGCAGCCAGACCUCUCCUCUGAAGCCAUGGGCCCCUCCCAUCCUGCACUCCCACCCCUGGCCAAGCUUGGCCUGUGGUGGCUCCUUCUGACCCCAGCAGCGUCGGCGCCGCGAGCCCCCCACACCCAAGCCGAGGAUCGCCUCUUCAAACACCUCUUCAGGGCUUACAACCGCUGGGCACGGCCAGUGCCCCACACCUCGGACGUGGUCAUCGUGCGUUUCGGGCUGUCCAUAGCCCAGCUCAUCGAUGUGGAUGAGAAGAACCAGAUGAUGACCACCAACGUCUGGCUCAAGCAGGAGUGGAGCGACCACAAGCUGCGCUGGAACCCGGCCGAGUUCGGCAACAUCACAUCCCUCCGAGUCCCUUCGGAGAUGAUCUGGAUCCCGGACAUUGUCCUCUACAACAAUGCCGAUGGGGAGUUUGUGGUGAACCACAUGACCAAGGCCCACCUCUUCUCCACGGGCACCGUGCACUGGGUGCCCCCGGCCAUCUACAAGAGCUCCUGCAGCAUCGACGUCACCUUCUUCCCCUUCGACCAGCAGAACUGCAAGAUGAAGUUCGGCUCCUGGUCGUAUGACAAGGCCAAGAUCGACCUGCAGCCGAUGGAGCAGACGGUGGACCUGAAGGACUACUGGGAGAGUGGCGAGUGGGCCAUCGUCAACGCCACGGGCACCUACAACACCAAGAAGUACGACUGCUGCGCCGAGAUCUACCCCGACGUCACCUACUACUUUGUCAUCCGGCGCCUGCCCCUCUUCUACACCAUCAACCUCAUCAUCCCCUGCCUGCUCAUCUCCUUCCUGACCGUGCUGGUCUUCUACCUGCCCUCCGACUGCGGGGAAAAGAUCACCCUGUGCAUUUCCGUGCUGCUCUCGCUCACGGUCUUCCUCCUGCUCAUCACCGAGAUCAUCCCCUCCACCUCCCUGGUCAUCCCGCUCAUCGGCGAAUACCUGCUCUUCACCAUGAUCUUCGUCACCCUGUCCAUCGUCAUCACGGUCUUCGUCCUCAAUGUCCACCACCGCUCCCCCCGCACCCACAAUAUGCCCCGCUGGGUGCGGGGGGCCUUUCUCAGCCGUGUGUCCCGGUGGCUACUGAUGAAACGGCCUCUGCCACCCUUGGAGCUCCAUGGCUCCCCAGAUCUGAAGCUCGACCCCCCCUAUUACUGGCUGGAGACCAACAUGGAUGCUCAGGAGAGGGAGGAGGAGGAAGAGGAGGAGGAGGAGGAGGAGGAGGACAGAUGGGUGCCAUCCCCCUCCACGGGUGUCCUCUACAGCCAUGGUGGUCUGCACCAAAGGCUCUCCGGUCCCAAGGCGAAGGCCCCCUUGCAGAAGGGCGGGUUCCUGCUGUCACUUCGCAUGCAGAAGGCACUGGAAGGCGUGCACUAUAUUGCUGAGCACCUGCGGUCUGAGGACGCUGACUCUUCGGUGAAGGAAGACUGGAAGUACGUGGCCAUGGUCAUUGACAGGAUCUUCCUCUGGCUGUUCAUCAUCGUCUGCAUCCUGGGGACCGUGGGACUCUUUCUCCCCCCGCUCCUGGCUGGAAUGAUCUGACUUCACACCCCUGGCUUCCGCCCGAAGGUGGCCCUGCUGCCGUGUUUGCUGCUGCCUCUAGAGUCCACCUUUGGGGUCCACACCCCGUGACUGCCGGUGCCUCUCCGUGGCGUCCGGACGCUGGCCCCGCCAUCGAAGACUUCCUGGCCCCACUCACCCGGCAGGUACACUCUGUGCGGAGAAGCUCCUGGGCCCAGAGCCCCGUUGGGAUGUGGAGGAGCAGGAAUGGAGGCAGCUGCUCUGCAGAAGGUGAUGCCGAGGUGCUGACCAUGUGAAGCGCAGGAGAGUCCCCGAAGGAGCUCUACAGACACUGAGUGACAGGAGGGCCGAGCAGGGGGAGCCGAUGGCAGGGGUGGGGGUGGGGCCAGGCGAAGAGGAACAGAACACAGACCUCAAAGGAGGCGUCAUUGGGAAGAGAGGGAGAAGGCGCCCCGGGGGGCACACGGGCUGUGAGCAGCGUUUUGGAUUCUGGAAUGAGCCUGAAGUGUCGGGGCAGCCGGGCUGGGGUUGGUUCCAGUGUGGGGAGAGUGGCUGGCGGUUGGGAAGGUGGGUUGGGGCGUCUGAACCAGAUAGAGAAAGGGGUUCAGAGUCUGAGACCGCAGACCUGACAGUAGAGGCGAAGGCUUUCCGGAAGGGGAGGAGAGGAGGCAGGGCAGGGGAGUGGAAAUGCAGGGCGACCCUCGGCAAAGGGAGGAGGGUGCAUGGUUGGAUGCCGGUACUGGGCCAGCCCACCCAGCUCCGGUGAGCCCUGAGACAUGCCCUCGCCUUUAGCCUUCUCCUCCACCCCAUCCCCCGGAAACCGGCUCAGCACCAGCUGCCCCAGCAGGUUGAGAGUCCCUGUCUACAGGGGCACCAUCUGCCUUUCAACUCGUGUGGACAAACCACAAGGCCAUCCCGAGCCACUCGAGCACAUCAAGCCUACAGCUUGCUCCCUCCCUCCCUCCCUCCACAGGGCAAGCGGUGGUUGGUCGGCACUCUGGAGGGGCUGAGGGGAGUGAGUGGGUUACUUCGAA